AUGCGAAACUUGAGGAAUUCAAGGCAUUCGCUUGUCGAGUUUCCUAGCGAUUCUCUGCCGCCUACAGCUACUACCUGGGAUCCUGCUUCCGAUGGUCUUAUUGCCGCCUUUGGUCCUUCAUCUUCUAGCCCGGUCAUCGAACUCAGACGCUUAGCCAAGGAUUGUUACUCUGCUCACGAUGCAAAGCAGAUUGCCUCAUGGGACGCGCCCAGUCCUUUGACAGAUAUUCCCGUGGACCGUAUCUUGUCAAUACAAUACUUUGCCGACACCGCUACUAUUUGCUUGAUCUUGGCCGGUGGCGACAUUGUCAUUGUCAGAGAAGAGCCACUACCUGGGGAAGACCUCAUCGAGAUUGUUGGUUCGGUCGACGAAGGAAUUGCUGCAGCGGUAUGGUCGCCCGACGAGGAACUGCUGGCCAUCAGCACUCGAGCCAAUACUUUGAUUCUAAUGACCCGCGACUUUGAAAGUAUCGCCAACGUCACUCUUUCUCCCGAGGACGUUCAAGUUUCUGCGCACGUCUCCGUUGGAUGGGGAAAACGUGAAACCCAGUUCCAAGGCAAAAGAGCCAAGGCCCUCAAAGAUCCUACAGUGCCAGAGCACGUCGAUGAAGGCCAACUCAGCUCUCUGGACCAACUGCAGACUACUAUCAGCUGGCGUGGAGACGGUGCUUACCUGGCUGUGAACUCUGUUCAAGAUGACAAACGGCGGAUGAUCAGAGUCUACUCACGCGAAGGUGUACUCGACAGUGUGGGUGAGCCUGUAGACGGACUUGAGGGUGCUUUGAGCUGGAGACCUGCUGGAAAUCUCAUGGCUGGUGUACAGCGUAAAGCUGACCGCGUGGAUGUGGUCUUCUUCGAGCGAAAUGGUCUGCGUCAUGGCCAGUUCUCUUUGCGCCUAUCCGCAGAAGACAUGGAGACCUGGGCCAGUGCCAUCACCCUCGCGUGGAACAGCGACUCUACUGUCCUUGCUGUAUCGUUCAAAAAUCGAGUACAGCUCUGGACGAUGGGCAACUACCACUACUAUCUCAAGCAGGAGAUCUUUACCAACGUCACAUCAGAUGCAGAAUUGCUUCCUGUCCGUACAGCUUGGCACCCCGAGAAGCCACUUUAUCUUUCUGCGUCGUCUGGUAACUCUCUCCAGAUGCUCUCGUACGUGUUCAGUGUAUCAAGAAGCUCGGCGAAACCGCCACACGACUUUGGUCUCACCUCUGUCAUUGACGGGCGUAACUUGAAGAUCACACCGCUCAGGGUGGCCAAUGUUCCACCGCCUAUGGCUCUCGCGGAAUUGGAACUCAGUGCCAAUGCUAUCGAUGUCGCUGUCAACGAAUCGGCAACUAAGAUUGCAGUAUUGCAUCAGCAAGGUGUCUCAUUAUACGAGCUCGACUACAGCAUCAGACCAUUCCAGCACCCCAAGCUCUUGCGCGAGGCACCUUUGGCAGAGCAAAUUCCUCGACAAGUUGCUUUCUCUGAGGAGGAUGGCGUAUCAGUGCUCUGCAGCGAACCAAACACUCCAGCUGAUACCGUUGUCGGGAUCAAAAUUUCCGAUGACAGUGCUUUUGACUCUGGUGAGUUAAGCUCCGGCGCUGGUUCGCUGUUCUCUGCCGUAGACUUUUCGAGUACCUGUUAUGAGGAUGCACACGGUGGUGUGUAUGAACUCGGUACUUCAGUUUCUUCGUCUUUGCUUGCCAAGCUGCCAGUACACUGCCCGUGGACCGAGGUAUGGAGGGAUGAUGAGACGACGAUUGUGUUUGGUCUCUCGGCCGGUGGCACCCUGUUUGGCUACCGCAAGUCUGCGGAUGAUGAGAAGGCACAAGAAUGCCUGCAGAUUCGCAACUGCACGUCAUUCUUGACCACUCCCGCUCAUCUCAUCUUCACUACAACUCAACAUUUACUCAAAUUCGUCCAUCUUCACCAAGGCGACCUGGAAAUACCUCUGGACGAGCCUGAAAAAGACGAACGUUGUCGUAGUAUUGAGAGAGGCGCAAAGCUUGUGGCUGUCAUGCCUACGACAUUCUCUCUUGUUCUUCAGAUGCCCAGAGGAAAUCUGGAAACAAUUUACCCACGUGCUCUGGUUCUUGCUGGCAUCCGCAGGAGCAUCAGUGCUAAAGACUACAAGACAGCUUUCUUUGCCUGCCGUGGCCAGAGAGUCGAUAUGAACAUUCUUCAUGACUAUGCGCCACAGCAGUUCAUGGCCAAUGUCCUGCUUUUCUGUAAGCAACUGAAGAAGGCUGAACACAUUGAUUUGUUCCUUUCGCAACUACGUGAUGAUGAUGUUGCAGAAACAAUGUACAAGGAAACGCUCAAUGCCCCGAAGUUGGGUCUGCACGGUGACAGCCCUGUUGAAGCUCAACAGGCAAGCGCUGAGCCCCAGAGCUCAAAGAUCAACAGAGUCUGCGACGCUUUCCUGGAUGUCUUGCGCAAUCGAACAUCGACUCACCUACAGAAUAUCAUCACAGCGCAUGUUUGCAAGUCUCCGCCUGAUCUUGACGCCGGUCUGACGUUGAUCGCCAAGUUGCGAGAAGAGCAACCAGACUUGGUUGAACGUGCAGUCGAGCAUAUUUGUUUCCUUGCAGAUGUCAAUCAGCUUUACGAGCAUGCUCUUGGUCUUUACGAUCUCGAUGUUGCGUUGCUCAUCGCGCAGCAGUCACAGAAAGACCCUCGAGAGUAUCUCCCAUACGUCCAAGGCCUUGGCAAGAUGCAGCCCCUUCGGAGACAGUUCACAAUCGACCACGACUUGAAGAAGCACAACAGGGCACUCGGUCAUCUGUUUACCAUGGACGAGUUUGAUGAGCUCAAGACCUACAUGGCCAAGCACGAGCUCUACAGUGAUGCCAUGCAUCUUUACAGAUACCAGACUCAGCGUCUGAAUGAGAUCAUGAAGUUGAACGCCGACUACCUCAACAGCCGCAACCGUUACAAGGAAGCAGGCAUUGCCUACGAGUAUCUUGGUGAGUAUAAUUUGGCCUUUGAGGCCUACCGAUCUGCAAACGAGUGGCGUGAAUGUCUGUCUUCGGCUACUCUCAUUCCUCUGCCUGAGGAUGAGCUUGUGGCUGCAGGUGAAGCAUUCGCCGAGGUACUCACAGAGUCAAAAGACUACUAUGAUGCAGCGACUGUUCAUCUGGACUACCUGAACGACAUUGAAGGAGCCAUCAAGAGCUUGUGCAAGGGUUACUACUACGCAGAAGCUAUUCGAGUCAUUGGUCUGAGACGACGUGCAGAACUGAUCGAAUCUGUUGUUGAUCCCGGUCUGAUAGAGGGGUCCGCAACCAUGACAGAGCUCCUCGCAGAGAUGAAGGGUCAGCUCAAUGCUCAGGUACCGCGACUUCGAGAGCUGAGACAAAAGAAGGAGGAGGAUCCACUUGCCUUCUUCGGAGGCGUUCCUGCAGAUGGACCGGAUAUCCCCGAUAAUAUCUCACUUGCACCAACCGAGGCUACUACUUCGGCUGGUACAUUUAUGACCCGGUACACCAAUCGUAGUACUGGCACUCUGGCCUCGAAUGCAACCCGUAAGACUUCGAAGAACCGCCGACGUGAGGAGCGCAAGCGAGCCAGAGGCAAGAAGGGUAGUGUGUAUGAGGAAGAGUAUAUCGUCAACUCGAUUGGACGUCUCAUCGAACGCACGAACAGCGUCAGCGAGGAGGUUGCUCGUCUUGUCGAAGGUCUUAUGAGAAGAGCGAUGAGAGAGCGUGCUGCUGCCGUGGAUAAUGUUAUGGCUGAAGUCGUCGAGCUAUGCAAGACUUGCAUCCCUGAGGUGUUCCAAGUCAAGCCGACGCAGCCUUCUAACACUGAGUCGGGAGAGGUCAAUGGAGAGGACGAGGCUGGCAGACCUACUGCUGGUGGUCAAGCCGUGUUCUUUGACGCAAUGGAGGCUAAUCAGACCAAGCGAGAACCACCGGUCGUCAAGACUUUCUCCAGGCUUUCAUUACUUGGUUAG